UGUACGGAAGUAGCGUGCCUCCCUGAUCAUCGUGGAGGUAACAGGUGAAAAGAGUCACACACGUUCCCCUGUGGUGAUUCCCCGGCUGGUGAAGCUUUAUUCCUUCCUGUCGCCACCGAUACGCGUGACAGCCGUGCAGCCGGUGAGUUGAUCCCCGUGUGGAAGCGGGCAGACGCGAUGGAGAGGGACUGUACCGGUGCUGCGGAGGAGAAGGAGCCGGCUUCCCCCCGGAGGAUGGAGCUGAACGGGGACAGGUGCUCCGCUGACUCCCGCUCCUCCAGGACCGAGAGCUGCGGGGGUGAUGUGGCCAAAGCCCGGUGGACCCUGCUCAGACAGGUGCUGCGUCAGUCGCAGGCCGACAGUCCAGAGGUCAAACAGGCGUCUGUGCGCAGGUUCGCCACGUUUAACCUGUUCAGCAGGAAAAGGCCUGUGACACAAGACCCCAGUGAUACCUCAGAUGACCAGUGGGUGGAGUACAGAAGUGUGUGCUUUUCAGAGUACAGUGCCUUACUCAGGGAUAACCUGGGUCCUCUCAGGGUGAAUGAAGUGCUCAACAGUUUCGACAACACUGGUAACGUCUGUGUGUGGCCUUCUGAGGAGGUGAUGGCUCACUACUGUCUGCAGAACCGUCACACGUUCAGGGGCGCAGUGUGUGAGCUAGGAGGAGGUAUGACAUGUCUUGCAGGGCUAAUGGUUGCCAUUUGUGCUGACGCGGAGGAAGUUCUGCUAUCAGAUGGGAAUGAGAAGUCCAUUCAGAAUGUGCGACAGUUGGUGGAGAAAAACCGAAAAGCUGGAAAGUUUGGGUCGACUCGUGUAUCUGCCAGGGUCGUGAGGUGGGACUGUGAGUCGGACAUUUCAGCACUAGAGGGUCACUUUGACAUCAUCAUGUGUGCAGACUGUUUGUUCCUCGACCAGUACAGAGCCAGCCUGGUUGAUGCUAUAAGGAGAUUACUGCAGCCCAACGGCACGGCGGUGGUCCUCGCUCCGCUGCGAGGUGACACCCUGAGGCUGUUCUGUCAGUUGGCCCAACAGGCCGGACUCUGCGUCUCUCAGCACCAGCAGUACGACGCUCAGGUCUGGGAAGUUCACCUGAAGAUGCAGAGGGAAGGGAAAGAAGCCUACGACGAGAACAUCCACUAUCCUCUCCUCCUCACGCUGACCAAAGGACCAGUCAGCCUCUCUGUGUGAAACCAGUGAGCCCCAGUGUCCACCCAGUCCCACACUGACGCCCACAGAGGACACAAUGAGGUCUGAGUGGAAGGACCAGUAUUAGGAAAAACACUGGGGCUGCGUUUGUCUCGUGUGUCGAGUCAAACAAAUCAAGCAGCGGUUGUUUUUGAGACAAUUUUAUAUUUACGUCGGCCACUGAGAGAAUUUAUAUUAAUAAUUGAGUGCGUUUGUUUUGUAGUGUGAAGUGUUGGUGAGGAACCUUUACUGUGUGUGAGGAGGAAGAGGAAGAGUUGAGCACAUUCAUUCCGUCCAGGAAGGUGAAGCAGUCGGUCACCAACACAACCAACAAGCCAAUCAUUUGUUUGGUCAUUUUGAAGUAGUUAAAUAAUCAGUGUCACUGGCUUUACCUCAGGCUACAUUCACACUCCUAUGUUCUAAUAACAAUAAGUGUGAAAAGAAAGACUACAACACAGUCUCAUUCUUCUUCUAACCAAGGCCAAGGCUAGUGUUGAUGUAGCUUCAGCCAUUUCUCUGAAGAGGGGUCAGUCAUUCAGUCAGUUGACCAGGUGGGAUCAACCCUGUCCCUGUGUUUGUGGCCCCAGCUCCGACACAUUCACCAUCACAGCCUGAGGAGCCGUUCACAGUUUCCUUUAUUCCUCCCGGUUCCCUUCAUCUCCCACUUUUUAUUCCUCCUAACACAACUCAUUCUCUCAGUCAGAGAUCAGUGUUUAGAUCCACGCAGUUUAUUAAAAGGGUUUGUGACGCGCUGGUGGAAAAGCUCAGAGUCCGAACCACCUUCAGGUAGUGUGUGUGUGUGUUUUUAAAGAGAGACAGAAUACGUGCACAUGUGACCCCGAUACUGUGGAAUAGAUUAAAAAGGUCUAAGAUGUGAUGCACGGAGAAAGAUUUCUGUGCAUCAGGUCUGUUUCUGAUUCUGAUAUUUCUCUUGCAGACCUCUCCGAUGGUCUCUUACCUCUUUUCUGCUGUGACUGAAGCAUCGUGCUCCACGUUCAUGCUUAGCCACGCCUAUUUAAGAUGACUCCAUAUGGUAUACAGACAAUUUAUAUGAUGACAUAUUGACACAUAAUCGUUUAAUGGUUUGUUCAUUUGUUAUUGAAUAAGACUUUACAUUCUUUAUGUGACCGUUUCUUUCUGUUUCUCAUGUUAUCUCUCCAGAAGGGGGGGAAAGGAAUACUACAGUAUUCUUUCUACUACUACACAGAUAAAACACGUCAUACAUUCAGCCACCCAGUAUCUGUUACCACAAGGAUAUUAAAAUAGGUUGCAAAAACAUUUUCAGUAUGAAUGUAAAACCAACAAUAUUACAGAGAACAAGCAGCCACCACCAGUGGACAGGCAGGACGAAUAUAUGAUUUCAAAUUUAUAAAAUAUUUAUAAAAUCGGUUUAAAAGUCCCACAAUCUCGAGAUUAAAAACGUUUACACAUCAGAGGCCGACUCGAUCCUCUGUUGGCAAUUUUUUUUUUUCGAUCAACACAGUUUUACUCAGGUCCCUUGUAUUCAGUGCCCUCUUCUCUGAAGUGUUAUUGAGCAACAUGCCCAGUGUUAGCCGGUCACUCAAGCCUGAAGCUGUACCUAUCACUGGUAAGGUGUUUCCACAUUUCACUGUGAUCCACGCUGUACACGACAGCCGAGAAGCUAUGCAGUAUCUCCCAGCGGCUGAUGUUUUUUGGUCUCAUGUAUAAGAAAAAGAACAAUCCACCUCCAGUAAAGAGCAGUGUUCCCCCCGUGCUGCUGCUCUGAAAGGUAAAUUAAUCCAGUUUUAUCAGCGCUCUCGAAGCUUUGACGACUUAAAUUGCUUUGCAAAGGUUCAGAAGAGUAUUUAACUACAUUUUUUUUUUUGUUAUCUGUAAUGCAGUUAGCUGGAUACCUUUGAUACCUGUGGGCUAACAUGCUGUAUGAAUACCAUCCCGACUGUGACUGUGAGACUCCAUCACUGUCCGGUGUGACAAUCACCACAGCUAACAGUGACGCCACGCUUCAGCACCGGCCUUUCACCGUUCACUGUGACGUGUGCAUCGCUGCUUCUCGGGACAUCGACAAAAAUGUCCCCCCUGUUUAACACAUAAGCUGUUGUCAUGUCAUCCGUUUACAUAUGGACCUCGUUCAGACCUGCUAGCAACACCCGUCCUGAGUGGUCAGCUCUAAAAACACGUCUGAUCAGUCGAACCGCGAGUGUUGACUCAGCUGCCGUCCUCUGACCUGCGACAGUUCAAUUUUUUAAAUCUCAAUCCGAGUAAGAACAGCUUCAUGUGGUCUACGCGUACAGAAAAUGAUGGUAUGUGAUUAUUUGCAUAUAGAGCGGAGAAGCGGGAUCCAAUCACACGUGGUCACAGGACACAUUUUAAUACCAGGCGAUCGUGGCGCUGUCCACUCGUGAUGGGAUCUGUCAGGACGGGUGUUGGUCCCCGGGUCUGAACGGGGCCACGAGGAUGCUGUCACCUCUUGUUGUGAUAUUAGUGCCGUGUGUGAGGAGACUCUUUGCUUCUCACAGUGACGUCAGCAGAGAGACAAAGAGCUGCUGAUCGUCGGUGUUACUCAGAGACGUCUUUACAAGGAUUUGAUAUCGUUAAUAUGACGGCAGGAGAGAGACCCUGUGUUGCAGGAAUCUUCUGUUCCUACACAUUUAUGACAUUGUGCUGUGAGAUGUUGUGAAACAGAGCUUGUUGAUUGGUUGGUCGUUCUCCGGCGAUGUCCACACUGGUCCUGAUAGAUUUCCAUUAGGAUCUGGUUUUGGGCUUUUCUUUCCACAGCUAACCACAAAAAAACCAAACACGUUAAAGUGGCUUUGUGGCAAUUUGGUAAAACUAGCACGUGAUAUGCUUUAAAGCCGCUGGCCUUAAUGUUCUGUGCAUUGUCCGAUGCCUUCGCUUUUUGCAUUUUUAUAAUGUUCAGUGAACUGAAAUUGCAAUUGAAAUAUUUCCAUUUAUCUAUAGUGUGGACAUGGCCUCAUAUAGUGAGUCUCUGGUCAGUAAAUCAGACUCCCUCUGCGUCAGCGCCUCCAGUGGGUCGAAUGCAGUUUGCAGUCUUAGAGUGAGUGAUGUGUUUUGUGAAUGAAUAAAAAUAAAAAACAUUUUCUUCAAGAAA